GUCAAAACGCUUUUGCUCCAUUGUAGUGCUUUGCGUAGGUUUCAAGUGAUAGAUGGUCAACACAUGCGCUCAGAUUACAAGUGAUAGAAGGUCCAAACGCGCGCGAUCAAAUUGGGCUCUGUGCAUUCCAUUCAUUCUUAGUGGAAGUCAAAACGAAUGUUGGCUACAUAACAUGCUCCUCAUGUCGCCUGCAAUAAACAGAUGCUUGCACUCUUGAAACCAGUUUGAUGAGAGAAAACAAGAUCGAUUAGUCCAGAAGUUUGGGCUUCAGUGACUUCGAAGGCUUGACUUGAUUCAGGCAGAAUUAAGCUAUUCUGCUGGCAGGAUCUGUAUUCACCAAUGGUUGAUAGAGUGAUGUGGAAAGAAAGCGUUUGAGGAGACUCAGCGAAGGCCAGUUAAAGGAUGAUGAUGGUAGUCAAUUAGUCUACUGUCACUAUCAGAUUGUUCUUUUGUUAACUUUUUUUUCAGCCCUUUGUGAGCCUACAAUUGACUAUGGAUUCCAGAGACUAUCAAAAAUUAUCCCAAGGCAUCCAGGUGAUCCUGAAAAAUUACCAAAGGUGAGACGAUUUUGUUGUGUACGGUAUUUGCUUUGCUGUUAGACAUGACCUUGACUAACGUCCAUGUUAUAAGUAGAAAAUAAAAUUCAGUUUACUUAAGGGAGAGCAUUUUGUUAUAGCUAUUGCAAGGUGAGUAUAUCUGGAUUUGUUUUUACUUGUUCACUGAACAAAUGUCGCUAUUUAAUACUGAGGGUGUGGGCAUGUGAUCUUUCACUAGCGAGGCGUAGCCAGCUUUUCGACUAGUUGUAGGCAUGGCUGACUUUCAUUUCCACAUAUCCUGAAAAUUGCACGUAUGACUAGUACACACUGACCUCACCAACACUUUGAGCUCUUAAGCUUUGUAGCACGCCCCAUCAAACGGUAGAGUGGUUACAAGCCGUAGGGUGAUCAAAACUAAAAUUUGGUGGCCCCUGGCCUACAGGUCUAUGGGGUAGCUACUCCCCUGACUACUGCGCAGGCUAUCAUCCCUAUAGCAGGGUUUUUGAAGGAAUGUUUUGCAAUCUCUUAGUUCUAAUUCCAAAUUUCCUGCUUAUUUUGUAGGAAAUAAUUUUGAAGAGAGCCGCCGACCUGGCCGAGGCUGUUUGCUACAAUAUUCCGCGCACCCCAACCCAGCUUCAUGGCUCUCAAUACCCAGCGUCUGGGGGUCCCCCACCUACCACGGCAAGCGGUACACAUUCAAUGAUGAUUGGACAACACUUCACCGCCAUCACCCCUGACGGGAUACCUAAUGGAGGUACCUACGUGGCUAUUGCUAACCCGGAAGGUCCCUCUGUCGUUUACGGCAGCUCAGGCCAUGGAAACCAGCAGCAGAGAAUAGCAGGUUCUACUGAUGUAAACAAUAAUGAGGUCACCAUAUCCACAACAGGUACUUUUUUAAAAAUUAUUUUAUCCCGUUAGUGCCAAGUGUGGCCAAGGGCAAAGUUCAUCAAAAAUUCCCAAAUUUCGUUUUGCAAAAUUUUGGAAACAAGUAGCACUAUUUGGAAGAACAGGCAGAGAGGUUUGAUUUGAAUUUUCACAUCAUAGGAUUUUGUCCACAGACUCAAUAGUUGGAACUACCUGAAGGGACUCCAACAUUCACUAGCAGUGAAAGGGUUAAAUGUUAGAUUCAUUCCGUCAGUUGUGUUUUACUUUGACGCCAAUCAGUUAUUUUCUCCAGAGAUAGCAGUGCCUACUCGUUAGAACGUGUUUUUGUAUCAUCUAAUUUCCUUGUCUUAAAAUAUGCGCCCACACGGGCAAUGGAUGAUGCGAGGGAAGAAGUGAAGUCGUUCCUGGCCUACCAUCUGGGUUACCUGACCGAAAUUAAUUGACCGUGCGGGUAUGUUUUAAGUCUUGCGGUAGUCGGUGAUCAUGCCCUCCCCAUGUCUGUGUUAUGACUAGGACUAGGCAUCGUCGGACACCUGCGAAUUAAGCUCGAUUCUCAGCCACUGGUCGGGAAAACAAGCUCGGGUUCCUCCCUUCUCCGUGAAAAGACCGAACUCGGGAGAGCGGAGGAACUCAAGUCUAACUGCUUCCCCGUCAUCGCUGAGGGUCAGCGUUACCAAAGUGACCAGGCCAGAACUGUUUUCCUCUUCAACAGUAUAGGAUGAUGACUUUAUCGCUGAGGAUAUUUUCAAACACUGUCAAUCAGUUUUCACGGUCCAAUCCGCCACUUUAGGGAGCUUAUUAAAGUAACAACGUGGCGACGGCAACGAGAACGGAAAAAUAAAAAGAUUUAGAUAAGCAAAACAACAACUUUGCACGAGCAUCGCGCUUUUGUGUACAUUUCUUUGCCGUCGUUGCCCGAAUAGGACGGGAAAGUACCUAACUUCACGUUUUGUAGAGGACGGGUACACAAGACAAUUACAUUCUUCUUCUUUUCCUGAACUUCGAUACAGUCCUUUAGAAUUCAACUCCAGACAAAAUAAAAAAAUUCGCCAACAUUUCGUGAACUGUACGAGAUGAAAGAAGCGCGAUAAAGUUUGAAGCGGCACGAAUUCUUUUGUUAAGUGACCUUUUCGUAGCCGUCACCGUCGUUGUUGUUCAACCCUUUAAACCCAAAGAUCAAAAUCAGAAUUCUCAUUUGUCGCCUCUAUUCAUUUAUUAUAGAAGUAGUGGGGAGAAGGUCGGUAAAAUAUCAAGCAAAUACAUCUUGUGUGAUCGUGCCCGUAAUUCUUAUGACCUGUGUUUGAUAUAAAAGAAAAGCAUUGCAAUUACAAGGAGAAAUUUGAUGCUGAUCACUCUCAGGGUUGAAAGGGUUUAGCUCCCUUUUAGAAAGGAGAAGAAAACUUGGUCGAGUUAACUUUUGCAAAGACGUCUGGGAAAAAAUUGGCCAAUAGCUGACCGGCUCGUCCCCAGUAACGAUCCCAGAAAACUAGCGCGCUUUCGAUAUAUUAAGAUUCUAACAUGACUCCGAGGCUUUCUGGUCAUUUUUCUAUACUGGUUUGGUUUUCUUUGUUCUCAAGUCUCUUCUGGGAAUUGCGAGGCAAUGGAGUCUGGAGAAAUUUUCAAUUUUGACCCUAAAGCCUCGGAGUCAUGUUAGAUUUUUACUAUUCGCCACCUGCACAUCUCCCAUAAUGCACCUUAUUUGCCCCCCAAAUUUUGUAUAACCUUUGUUUUUCAUUUCUCCGGGGUAUUACAGCCGUCCCAAGAGAAAUUGAAAAACAAUGCUUACGCAAAAUUUCUGGGGGCAAAUAAGGUGCAUUAUGGGAAAUGUGGAAAUGCUUUAUAUCGAACGCGGGCAUUUACGGGACACAUUUCGAUUCCAAUUCUCAUCUCUUUUCUUAAGUGGCCUAUAAUGGUGUGAGGUCCCAGGGCUCAGUUUGAGGCGUCGUUUUAUUGUUUUCUCAUGCUUUAGAAAGUAACACAACCACGUCAAGACACGUGAACAUGCCGCCGCCAGGUUACCCACACAGUAGCUCAUUACCAACUGAAGCGGGGCAUGUUGUAUCACCACCAAACUCUGAAGUCCAAGUCGCUCCCGGCACUGUUAUUUCUAUGUCAAGUGCAGCAAAUGGCAUCAAUGGAUUCUCCACCAGUCUUCCUCCAUCAAUUACUCUGCACAACAUGGCUGUUCCUUCCUCGCCUGGCUUCCUUAAUGGUGCAGCAUGUAAGUCGUAUAAAGCUUAACGGUUGGAAGGAUAAAAAUUAUUGUCGAUACAAUUUGAUAUCAGUCGAGAUAUAUUAAUCGUUUAGCGUAGUUGACAAAUAAAACGAGGAAUAUUCACAAUAUUCCAAGCACUUUAUUGCUUCCCGAUAUCGUUUUCGGCGCAGGCAUUAUUGUAACUACAUGUGCACUCGCCAAAGAAACAUUGGUAGCCAUAUUGGUAGCCAUAUACGCCAGCAAAGAAAACUUGUUGGGGGAAACCUGCCAGUAUUAAUGGGUCUUCGAAAAGCCCAGCGCUUAAAACGUCAUCUUUCAUAUCGCUUUACGGUUACCAAGCGGCACUAAAUGCUGACUUGUCUGUGAAAACCAGCGCUUUUUUCAGAUUUGAUUUGAAAUCUUGAAAUUGACCUUUUCUCUUGUCACCUAAAACUUAUGAGUCCUUUAAUAUCUGUGUUGCAGUUGUGCCACAGUCGCCGUCCCUGCCACCCACCCCCAACAGUGUACCGCCCAAUGCAAAUGCAGGGAUGUUUGCCUUUCCGUCCAACAUGAUCCAAGCUGUGAAGGAAAAGAGUGCGUUUAAUCCUGUUAUGAGACCGCCCAAUGUGUCAGAGGGAAACCCAUCCUCUGGUUCCCAUAGUAACUCCGUGCAAGGUUAGCUACCAAAACUAGAAAUAACCAAAGGUUAGGGAGUGCGGGCGAAACGAUCGAAGGUCAAACGCUGUGUUGCUCCAACACUGUGGUUUGUUUUGCGUACGUUUCUCGUGAUAGAUGGCCAAAACACGCGUGAUCAGAUAACGAGUGAUAGAAGGUCGAAACGCGCGUAAUAAUGUUGCGUUUUGUGCAUUCCAUUCAUUUUUAGUGGAAGUCCAAAUAAAGCUGGCUACAUACCUGCCGGGCAUGCGUAAUAGCAAUCUGGAGAUUAGGAUUACAGGCUCCUCUUGCCGCCCGCAAUGACGUUGCGUGCGUUUCUUAAGCCUGCAGAAAAGGCGUUUUGUUUUUGCGUUCAUCCAGGUCUCCCUUCGGUCGCGCGUCUUACGCUCCACACCCAGCCAUGGGCUUGCCCUCGCUGGCCUAAGAAACACGAUAAAAUAGCUCCUGUUCUGCAAGUUAGCCUUUCUUUGAAGUGACUUGAGAGCUGACGAAGAUUGUCUUAGAGAAAUACAUGAAUCGUGGGAUCCCCAAGGUCUCUAUCCUCAGAAGGAGCGAGGAAAGGACAGGAGACGUUAGUACGUGAAAGGUGCGCAGCGGAAAACGACGCGUUCUUGUUCGGCUGAUUUUCCUCCCCACCCACUCAACCUUUUUUUCCCCUUAUCAUGUUCCCACCAAGAGCGUUGCCCCUCUUUCAGAAUUCGUUUGAAGCCAGCUCCUUCAUCCUAGAAAGGGAUUAGUUCAACUGCAUUUUAAUUAUACGAAUACCUACAGAGUUGUUUUGCUGAUAUUUUGUAGGUAUGGUGUCUCCCUCGUUUGGCGGAACAUUUGCAAUUCCUGUGAGUGCUGCAGUACAGUCCAAAACAUCGAAUCACACAGGAGGUAAUUCAUGA